AGCGUGCGUGAGUGAGUGCCUCAGAGAAGCCUCGGAGAUCUUUCUCACAGUCACGUCUGUCUGCUUGUCACGCCUCGCGCACCCUCGCGCGCGCAUUCAUAUGUGUGGGGAUCGAACCUGUCACUUGUCGUUCAGAGGUGAGCGCAACCGUUGCGCUCCCCUUAACACUUCUCACACCCGUCAACAUUUUUCAAACCAGUUUGAAUGAACUCAUUCAAGUGUGAGAAACACUUUCAUGCGGGACUAUGAAGACCACCCGAAAAUGUCGCGCUUUGCUCUCUGUGGCUUUGAAUCUGCUGGCUCUUUUAUUCUCAACGACGGCGUUCAUCACGACCUAUUGGUGCGAGGGGACACAGAGGGUCCCCAAACCCAACUGCAGCAAUGAGAGGCGGCAUAACUGUAUUGACUACGGGGUGAACGAGACGGACCCGAGUAAAGUUCACUAUAGCUGGGAAACAGGUGACGAUCGCUUUCUCUUCAGACAUUUCCACACGGGCAUCUGGUACUCGUGCGAGGAAAAUAUCCACGGGGGAGGUGAGAAAUGCAGGAGUUUUAUCGAUCUGGCCCCUGCGUCUGAGAGAGGUGUCCUUUGGCUGUCAGUUGUGUCAGAGGUGCUAUACAUCAUGUUGCUGGUCGUUGGCUUCAGUCUGAUGUGCUUGGAGCUUUUUCACUCCAGUAAUGUAAUCGAUGGACUCAAACUGAACGCCUUCGCCGCAGUCUUCACUGUGCUGUCAGGUCUACUGGGGAUGGUAGCUCAUAUGAUGUACACACAGGUCUUCCAGAUCACAGUCAGUUUGGGCCCAGAGGAUUGGAGGCCCCACACAUGGGACUACGGCUGGUCCUUCUGUAUGGCGUGGGGCUCCUUCACCUGCUGCAUGGCUGCUUCAGUCACCACCCUCAACUCUUACACAAAGACGGUGAUUGAGUUCAGACACAAACGAAAACUCUUCGAGCAGGGCCUUCGGGAGGAGCAGACCUUCCUGGACCCCGAGGCUUUCCAUUAUUUCCGUGACAGGUCAGUCCAGUCCAUCUCCAGCUCCAUAGACGUUUAUCCGAGCCACACGAGCGGUCACGGAUGCAGUCGUGGAAAAAUGCGGUCCCCGCCUGCACCGGUGGAUCAGGGGGACAACACAGACUCUCUGGGAGAAGAACAAUGCUGAGAGAUAUGUGCGGUGUUGCACAGGUGGCCUUGCUUUGACCGAAGCGCUUCCUUCUGGAAACACUAAGAGUAUUGCAUUUCUUUUCUAAUAUGCAGCUCAGUUUAUGAGGGUGGACGUGAAUAACUGCAUGAUCAUCGUGUGAGGCGUGAGAUUACCUUAGCGGGACAUUUUUGAUUGUAAAUAUAACAGGAAUAACUGAGGUAGGAGCGGGUAAGUGGAUAACAAAAGUAGUUACUUUACUGAGCAGUCACAUAGUGCACUAUAAGGUGCUAGAAGAGAAUCGAUAAGCAGGUCCGUGGAUUUUUAGUGAAGACUCUGUUUAUAAUAAUCCAUUGGUCCUGAAGGUUAGACACGCUCCUGAGUAUUUACCGGUCUUAUACAGUCUGUGAAAUGCCCUCCUUCCUUGGUAAGAUCUGCUUGAAAAUGCCUUCAUGUUUAAAACAGCAGAGUAGAGUACCGUUUAAAUCCUGCCUUCACUACUGCUGCAGCUGAACACACAAGCACAGCCCAUUUCAGCUGACACAUCUAGGUAUAAAAGUUUAUUGCCACUUGGUUUUUGCCUGUUUUGCCUGUCUUUGUGAUGCAUUAUUGGGUUGAUUAGCAGCAGUCGAUGAUGAGAUCGUAACCCCACCUCUCUAUUUUGUAAUAUUUUGAACCUCUUGUUAAAGGAAUGGUUCACCCAAAAUAAUUGUACUCGCCCUCAUGCUGUUUCAAACCCAUAUGCAAAGGUAAAUUUCACACUAUAGUGUGCAUCCCUGCCAAGUUUCUACAAAUGACAAGAAAACAAGUCCCUCUUCCACAUAAACCAAUGUCAUAGUUUAGAUGGAAAUUGAGAUCCUUAAAAAACUUCCCCUUCCAUUGAGCCAUGAUCUGAUCUAAUUUGUAAAUGAAUCAUUUGUUGAGCCAAUUCUUAUUUUCAGGUGAACUAUUCCUCUAAUAUAAAAACAAUGAAUGGAAUCCUGUUUAUUGAAUGUAUUAAAUGAUAUAUUUAUCUAUGUACACACUAUAAUCCUCUAAGUCUAUAUCAUUUGAUAAA